UGCAAUUGCGACCUUUGGGACACGUUCCUUGAUGUUCUGAAGGAUGAACUGUUCCGGAUAACCGUUUUCAUGAUUUUCAACGAGAAGCUGCCUUGGCUAAAGUACAACAAGCCCAACCUGCCUCGCGAGGAACUUGAAAAGAUCAACAAACACGCCUCCUGA